UUGAAACGCCUGCAGAUGUCCGCGUCGCAGCGAUUGGAGGAUCGAGGAUCGAGGAUCGGCGGAUGUGCUCGAUCAUGCAACCUUCACACGCGCGCGUCCCCUCCUCAGUCGCCGUUCCGGAUUCGCAGCGUGAACGCGCUUUCUCCAUCGUGCGGCUGGCGCACACGCAUCAUGGCAUCCUCGCCCAAUUCCGCUCCUUUUACCCGAGUUUGUAUUUAUUCGCUACUGUUCGCGGCGGUAUUUUGCGAACACAACGACACGGAGGACGAGCACGCAAAGCAUACGUACACGGUGGAAAUGUUCAAGGAAGCGGUGCCCACUGCGCCGCACUUUGUCAUGUUUUACGCCCCACGGUGCGGCCAUUGUCAGAAGCUGCAGCCAACAUGGAAUGAAUUGGCAGAGAAGUACAACAGCAUGGAGGAGCCCCCCGUCUAUGUCGUAAAAGUAGACUGCACCCAGGACACCAAGUUCUGCUCCAACGAACACAAAAUCCAAGGCUACCCCACGCUAGUGUUGUACAAGCCUGAACAGGCACCUAUCAAAUACCACGGAAUGAGGGAGCUGCACGCUUUGGAGGACUGGAUGUUGAAGACGCUUGAGAAGGAGCCUUCUUCUGAGCCACCCGUCGAUGUUCCUCCAGAGCCCAAGGACGGCAUGUAUGAGCUCACCACCGGCAACUUUAAGGCGCACGUUAGCAAAGGUGCACAUUUCGUCAAGUUCUACGCCCCAUGGUGUGGCCACUGCAAAGCCAUGGCUCCUACUUGGGAGCAGAUGGCCUCCACCUUUGAGCACUCUGAUGACAUCAAAAUAGGAAAGCUGGACUGCACACAAUACCAGGAAGUGUGUCUUCAGUUUGGCGUGCGGGGAUAUCCCUCACUGCUGUUCUUCAAGUCAGGCGAGAAGAUAGAAGUAACGCGUUACAAAGGAAAGCGAGACUAUGACACCCUCAAAGACUUUGUGGAUCAGAUGUUGAACGCUGCAAAGAUGAAAGAGGAAGAAACCGAUAAAGAAGCGGAGGAAGAAGCCAAGGAGGCGCCAGAAAAGGUAGAAGUCAAAGAAGACGCCAAGGAGGCGCCAGAAAAGGUAGAAGUCAAAGAAGACGCCAAGGAGGCGCCAGAAAAGGUAGAAGUCAAAGAAGACGCCAAGGAGGAGGAGAAGUCCAGCAUCUUGAACCUGACAGAACACAACUUUGAUGAGACCAUCGCCAAAGGAUUCACUUUUGUCAAAUUCUUUGCUCCAUGGUGCGGCCACUGUAAACAUCUGGCUCCAGUGUGGGAGGAUCUUUCCACCAAGGACUUUCCUGCCCUGACCGACGUCAAGAUUGCCAAAGUGGACUGCACAGUGGAGCGCACGCUCUGCAACAAGUACUCUGUGCAAGGUUACCCCACCCUGAUGAUCUUCCGCGCCGGGAAGCAGGGCAAUGAGUAUAAUGGCCCCCGGGAACUGGAGAGCCUGCACGACUUUGUCCUGAAGCAGGUGAGGGAUGAGCUGUGAGGACCGCCUGCAUUGCAAUUGUGGCCCCUCGGGCGGCGGCGGCGGCGGCAGCGGCAGCAGCGGCAGCAGCAGCGUGUGCCCUGCACCAGCCAAACCUCACUCUCUAGUUUUACUGUGUUGACAGAACAAUUUUGGGUGUUUGGGUAUGCGAAUGUAUUUCUCAUUCUUGGUUCUUUCAAAACCUCUUAUAAAGUUUCUGAAAAAGGGGGGCGGGGGGGGGGGGGGUCUCGGUUCUUAUCCGACGUGAUUUGUAGUAGCCUUUUUUUUUUUUUUUAUAUACAUGGGAUCUGUUGUUCAAAUGCAAGCCAUUAAUUGUUACCUUUCAGUGUAACUUAACUCUCAGGGACAAAGCUCACUGAGCUUGGAGUCUGACACGAAGAAAUUUGAAGACCGAUCAGCUCCUCUAUGGUGCCCCAUAAUAUCUCCAUUACUCAAGAAGAUUUUAGUUUCUGCUGCUUCGGUUUAUCUGAAAACCUGAAUGGUACUCUCUAAAUAUCCUCAAAAGGGUUGAUGGACGUUUUUAGAACAGAACGUCACCAAUCGUGGACGACAUGCGGUGUAGUUUUAAAAUAGUCUUAUUGUUUGGACUUUUGAAAGGAAGUGUUCUCUGUGGCCCAGUGGGGUCAAAGCACUGAUUUUAGUUUCUAAAAUCUCAUCCGUGAAGAAGUUGAAUCGAUCGAUCAAUCACUCAACCAAACCAUUGUUUUUGCUCCAUAUGCUGAAACCGUUUCUUUAUUUUUGCACAAAGUGGACAGUAAAUGAGAUGUGAUGCACAUGUUGCUCUUUGACAAAGUAAUACAAGGUACACACAAAUCGGUUUUUUGCCAGUAAAUCUUUAUGGAAAGCACAUGGUCUAAGGAACUUCAGUGACACUUUUUUGUUUGUUUGUUGUUGGUUUUUUUUGUUAUGCAGUCAUGGGUUGUGCUCAGCCCACGGAUUUGUACAAAAAAAAAAAAAAAAAACACUAAUGGCAAGUUGUAACAUGAGAUUUCAUAAUAAUAAAAAAAAAAACUAAAAAAAAAGUUUGCUUCUCCACGUGUCUCAUAAGGUGUAAUUCAUUUUUUAACAAAGGUGCAAUAAAUAAACUGCGAAUGUACAAGUAUUUACACAAGAACAUGAUCACAAAUGUAAACAGCAGCUUACCAGAGGUAUAUUUUGUGUUUGAUGAUUGGCUAGGCACAUUAGGUAUUGAGAUUCUUAGUAUUGCUGUUAGAUUUUCAUUCAAAUAUAUUGUCUAAAAAAAAUCCACAGAAGAAAGAAAAUGUACAAACGUGAAUGAUGAUGUUUUUGCACACUUUCGUGACAGGCUGUCAGCAGCAUCGCGACAGAAGUGGGUGUGUUGGGCGGAUAGGGCCUUAUUCUUGACUUGUUUGGACCAAAACAUCCCGAGCCGCAACAUGCAUCAUGUUGAACACACAAAUAUUGACACGGGGUGGGGGGGGUGUUAUUUGGAGGAAGGUGCUGCUAAAAUAGCCUGUGGACACUUUGGUUCAGUCUUUUAUAUUUUGGGAGUGUAAAUAUAAUUUGAGAAGCAAAUAAAUGGUGAACAAAAAACAGGAUUUGACUGCACAUGAUCAUUGCUUUUGCCACAGUUUUAACACCCAAAAAGUUGACUGUUUUACGCCAUGUGACCUUAAUAAAGACCUGUGAAGUGAAUUCAAGAGAUAUCCUUCUAAAAAUGGAUCAAAACGUGCAAAGACAGAUCUAUGUCGUGCUCAAUUGUGAUGAUACGGCGUGAAAUAUUCUUUUGGGUGCGGUGCAUACACCCCUCCCCCACUAUAUAGAAAGUGUAACACCUUCAUUGCAUGAGUGGUUACCCUGCGUAAAGUUACUAAUGCGACGUGGCCGAAAGCAACUGAAGUG